AUGCACUUUUUAGCAUCAUCAGUCAUAGUUAUCACCAUCGCCCUGGUUUGCCAGCUCUCAGAAGCGGCGGCACCUCCCAAUGAUAAGCUCACCAAAGUUGUAUUCAGUUGUACUCCACCGGCAAAAGCCACGGACCCGAAACAUCUCUUGGCAGCAUGCGGAAAGGCUAUCGAAAAUUCAAACCCCAAAAAAUUUUCCUUUGUUGCCGCAAACAAGGUCCAAAAUUCGGAUUUCGACUACAACUGCAUCGAAACCGACAUGAAAAAUAACUACUGCUGCCUGGCAGAAACGUUUAAAUUCGAUGGCAAAGCAGUGGACGCCGAGCCCAAGCUUGUGUCUAGCAACUGCAUCGUUGUACCUGGAAAAUAA